UCUAUAAAUACUGUACCAGUAGCUAUUACUUUAUUAAUAUAUUUAGAUUUACUUGUUAAAAUGUCCCAUAUAAGUACAUUAUUUAAUAUUGUGUUAUUAAUUACGAUCUUGGCAAUUUUUGUACGUGGUUCCCACGAUGUACAACACUACACGAUGAAAGAUUUAAUAAACAAGCCAAUUCAAGAAAAAAUGUGUGACCCUGGUAUAAUGAGCGACAAAAUGGCAGUCAAACUGGACGACUGCUACGAUCAGUACAUAGCAAAGAUCGACAAAGAUACAAAAACUUACGACAAACUAUGUAAAGAGUGCGAGAAAAAAGAGAAAGAAUUUUUCGCAAAGUUUAAAAACUUGAAGAAAGCUGUCAAUCGUCACCAUUUAGAGGGUAUUUGCGAUGGCCUGGAUCCAACAUGCUUUGCGAAGUACGAUGCAAUGAUAAAGGAGCUAGACAACAAGCAUAAAGCUUAUAUGGACGAUUUUUAA